ACAUUGGUUAGGCACUGACAAAUUGGGGCGAGAUGUUGCUUCUGGCGUGAUUCAUGGUACACGCAUGGCACUCUGGAUCGGUCUCAUGUCGAUGUCAAUUGCUACUUUUAUUGGCGUCUUAUUAGGCGCAUUGGCAGGUUAUUUCGGCGAUAAUGGCUUAAAAAUAUCACGAAUACAAAUUAUUUUAAAUAUAUUAAUCCUUCCUUUAGCUUAUUUUUGGGCAUUUGUUAAAAUUCCAUUAGAUGUAUUGAUUAUGCGCAUGGUAGAAAUCUUUAAUGCCAUUCCAAAAUUGCUCUUACUUUUGGCACUGAUUGCAGUUGUAGAAAAACCUUCGACCACCUAUAUUAUCAUUAUCAUUGGCUUAUUGAGUUGGACAAGUAUAACCAAAUUUGUAAGAGCAGAAUUAUUGCGCAUACGAGCAUUGCCCUACAUUGAAGCAGCUCGCGCUAUCGGAAUGAGCGAAUGGCGUAUUAUUUUUGCUCAUGCGCUGCCCAACGCACUACCACCAGUACUGAUUACAAUUUCGUUUGGCAUUGCCUCCGCAAUUUUAGCAGAAUCUUCUUUGUCUUUUUUAGGGCUUGGUUUGCCUAUAGAUACCGUUACGUGGGGAAGUAUGCUUGAAAAAGCACGAGAAUAUUAUCCAGCAUGGUGGCUGGCAUUUUUUCCGGGACUGAUGUUAGCA